AUAAAGUGACUUAGUAAAAUGGCGCCGGUUGACUGAAGUCGUGUCCUCUGUAUAUUUUUCGUUUAUCCAAAAAUAAAAUUGAAAAAUCAAUGCAUAUCCGAAUUAACAUCUGAGUGUUAGCAAAAAAAAUUGUGUUUCCAUUUAAAACUUCCAGAAUUACGUCUUUUGCAUGCUGGUAAUUGGUGAAGGAUAUUCGUCUUUGACUUCGAUUUGUAUUACAACAUACAAAAAGAAAGAAAAAUUUACCAAAAAAAAAAUUUUUUUUUGUUUUGAUUUAACACGUUUGUGGUAGUGUGUGGUGUGUGAAAAUAUUCAAUUUCAUUUUUUGCUUUGGAAAAAUUUUAAUGUGAAAAUUAUUUCGUGUAACAAAUUUCAAGCAUUUCAAAAGAAUAAACAAUUAAAGUCUAAAUACACUGAGAGAGUGAGUUGAAAAAGCAAAAAAUAAAAUAAUUAAGCUGCAAUCAGUAAACUCAAAGCAAAAAAGAAGGGAAUAAUUGCGAGCAUUUUGUUUUAAUGUGGAAUUCCAUCGUUGCGGGCUGUUAAAUAUCAAAGUGAAAAUUGCUUUUUAAUUAUUAUCCAAACACGAAAAAAAAAAACCGUAUAUUACCAUACAGGAAAAACAAAACAAAAAAAGUUUGAUAUAAAGUUGCUGUAUCCUGCUGCGUGUGUUAAGGGAUUUACCAAACAAAGUAAACAUGAAGCUUUCUAUACCAAUGCCGGGCGGUGGAACAGGAGUCACACUAUUUUCAAAGUUAAUCCGAACGAAAGAUUUACGUAAAUUACAAGGUGAAGAUCCACGCAGUACGAAACCGAAACUAACUAAAUGUUUGACAACAUUAGACCUCACAUCCUUAGGCGUAGGUUCAUGUUGUGGAACGGGAAUGUAUUUAGUUGCCGGUAUGGUGGCAAGUAAUAUUGCAGGACCAGGUGUGGUGCUUAGUUUUUUAAUAGCAGCUAUUGCUAGCAUUUUUUCUGGUGCUUGCUAUGCAGAAUUUGGGGUUCGAGUGCCACACACAUCAGGUUCUGCAUAUAUGUAUUCGUAUGUUACUGUUGGUGAAUUUGUAGCGUUUGUUAUAGGAUGGAAUAUGAUAUUAGAGUAUUUGAUAGGAACGAGUGCAUGUGCGUGUGCCCUAAGUGCCAGUUUCAAUUCAUUAUCUGGCGGAUCGAUACGUCGUAGUAUAGCCGAAUCAGUUGGUACGUUAUUCGGUCAUUCUCCAGAUUUUAUAGCAUUUGGAAUUACGAUUGUCAUGACAUGCAUAUUGGCAUUGGGAGCUAGUAAAUCCGUUCUAUUCAACAAUACGCUAAAUGCAAUCAACUUAGCAACGUGGGUAUUUAUAAUGACAGCUGGUCUGUUUUAUGUGGACACGGAUACAUGGCAUGAACAUCAGGGUUUCUUACCGUUUGGGUGGAGUGGGGUGUUUACUGGUGCCGCGACAUGCUUCUACGCUUUUAUUGGAUUUGAUAUUAUUGCCACAACUGGCGAAGAAGCUCACAAUCCGCAAAAGAGCAUACCCAAAGCAAUUGUAGGAUCGUUACUUAUUGUGCUCGUGGCAUAUGUAAGCAGCAGCUUGGUACUGACACUUGUAGUUCCUUUCGAUCACAUCGAUAAAGGCUCGGCGUUGGUACAAAUGUGGACGUAUGUUGGUGCAACGAAGUGUCGUGCAAUUGUAGCCAUUGGUGCAACAGCAGGCCUGUCUGUAGCAAUGUUCGGUUCAAUGUUCCCAAUGCCACGCGUCAUCUAUGCAAUGGCACAAGACGGCCUUAUUUUUAAGCAAUUGUCGCAACUAUGGGAACGAACCAAUGCCCCAGGUAUUGCAACGUUAGGUAGUGGAUUGGCUGCUGCUCUUGUAUCCAUGUUGGUUAGUUUAGAAGUACUUGUCGAAAUGAUGUCGAUUGGUACAUUGUUAGCGUAUACAUUAGUCUCAACAUGUGUACUAGUACUGCGUUAUCAACCACAUAGCACGUCAUUGGUGGAAUUAUUACCUGCGCAACUGAGAACUCCACAGCCUCCAAGCACCCCAGAUCCAGCUCACUUAAGUGCAGAGGUAGCAACGAAGAAGAAUGUUACCGUACGACGAGUAACUCGAGGAUCACCCGAUUCAGAUGAUUCAUUUUGUGAUGAAAGCCCCGACGGAUAUUUGGGAAGACGUGAUGAUCAGUUCCUUGUAUCCGAUCGGAAUGAAAAUAAAUUUUACGGGAGUGUUCAUGGUGCACCGACCGGCAACGCAACUCCGUUUGAUAGUUUUGGAUUUGGUAUUAUUGGUCGUAAAAUAGAAGAGUAUUCGUACCUAUGUCCUGGAUUUUUUCCAUGGGUUAAUCCUGGUCCAGCAACACACGAAAGUGGCAUGCACGUCACAAAAUUGGUUGGCGUAAUGUUUCUUUUGAUAUUUCUACUUGAUCUUUUAGCAGCAAUCGGUGUUAGUGGCACCUUUGCUGGACUGAUUUUAACUAGUUUGGUGAUAGGCAUUUUUGUGAUAUUACUGAUAAUAUCUCGUCAACCUCAAAAUAGAUAUGCGCUGGCAUUCUUAACUCCUGGACUUCCAUUUAUUCCAACAAUUGCAAUAACCGUUAAUAUUUAUUUAAUUUUUAAGCUCAGCAUCCUAACGCUCGUUCGGUUCACAAUAUGGAUGACAUUAGGAUUGAUAAUGUAUUUCUAUUAUGGCAUCACGCACAGUACAUUAGAAAAUCCAUCGGAAGAAAUCGAAUUGACCGUUGAUCAAACACAUCUGCAACCACCAGCGGCGAAUAACGACCAUCAUCAAACGACUGCCGUAUGGGAUCGCCACGGCUAUGAGAAUAAGAUGGCUGAUGACAGUUGGUCCCAAUCGAAUUUCGGUUCGAAUUGGACGAGUCAACCGACAAAAACGAACGAAACGUCGUUGACGUGGGGCGACGAACGAACGAACAAUCGAACAUCAAAUUCGCAAAGCAAUGCGCAAUCGUCGGCACCGAAACCACAAGGUGGAUUCGGUAUAUUUGUCGAAGAAGCCCAAUUUCCCACAUGGGACGAUUAAAUGAUUUAAUUCUUCCACCCAGCUAGAGUUGGGAUUUCUAUUUAAAACGCUAAAAACUUUACGUUCCUCCUUCGAAUGUUGGAAUUUAUUGUCGGAUGGGAUGAUUUUCAUGGAGGGGAAAGAAAUAUCUAUUUUCAGACAUAUCUAAUGCUCAGAAGACACACAGAUGGUCUCUUCGCCAUUCAUGUUUCGAUUGGUCUUUUUUUUUAUAAAAUUGGGAUAUGAAUGCGGUGAAUGAUCAUCGAAAUGCUUUUAUAUAGAAUGAGGAUAUUUUCUACAAAACAAAUCUUUUCGUCUUUACAACGUCUGAAGUCUGUCCAGAUACUCUGUGCAACGGAAAUCUUUUUAUUUUCUUGAGAAAAAAAAACAUAUUUUUUAAAGAAAACUUUUAGAGACAUGCUGAACCACAGCUGGGAAUGUGAAUUCCACGAAAUCUAUUUAUCAUUUUGCGGUGACGGAUAAGAAAGGGGCCAAAGUAGUGAUAAAUAGUGUCACAAAAACCAACCAAAAGAACAACAAAAAUGCUCCCCCAAACUCAAAGCACUUAAAACUAUUUUAUAAGAUCCGCCACUAAAUUUUAGUAAACUUAUUUAAAAACAAAGCAAAAAGAAUAUCAUUCAACUGUGUAAAUAGAAAGUGUUUUUAUCUUUAACUUUAACUGGGUUAAUUAUGGUGAACAUUUAUCAAAUAUUUAAGACUUACAGUAGCAACAUUAGAUAGAGUUAUAAUAAAAUUUGAGACAAAAAAAAACAAGAAAAACAAAAAAUUUACUAAAAAAAACCUAAUGCCAAAUUCUCGAAUCGCAAUAAAAUUUAUUUAAGUAAUCGCGAACAAUGCCACAUUUACGUUGAUUAACCGUCGUUAGAUUAAUAGUCGGGCCACACUGCCAGCACAAUUCCAAUACAAAAUUAUUAUUUUUGAAAGAAGACAAAAUUGCUAAGCUAUGCUACUAAAACUCCAUGUAACCUGGUCCGAUCUGAAUGAUCACAUGCAAGGGGUCACGCACUCCAUUUGAUCCAUUUAAUUAAUUUAUUCAAAAAUUUUAACGAAUUAUUUUGACCUUAAAAAAAUCGGACGACUAAUUAUGAAUAUAAGAUCCCCAAGGUGUUUCAGCACUCAGAAGAUGGAUAAAAACUUUGGACAUUUAUUUAAUCAAUUUUACCUCAAAAACUCAUAAAAAUGGGAUUUAGCGCUUUUCGACAUUUUAUUACGAGCUGUGGUUUAUGGUUCCAUCGAAAUAAAGCCUAUUUAAGACUUGUAACUGGUCCAAUUCAGUGGUUACGUACUGUCUUUCCACCGAGAAUAUGCGAGUUCAAACUCCGGUUGAACAAAAUCUGAAUAGACGUAUAUCAUAAAUGUCAAUGAAAGUACAAAUCAGGCAUGGUUUGUCCAUACGAACCGGAUUGAAAAUUGAGUUUUUUUUUAAAUAUGAAAUCGCUAUUUCCUCCGCUCCAUACCAAUUUUGACAUUAGACCAUAUCUAUACUUAGAACUAUGUCAUUACCCAUGUUCGAUAUAAUUCCAUGCGAGGUACUCCGGUUCAAAAUCCAGCUGCGAGGCUUUAUGGUACGUCAAAAAUAAGUUAACUUCCACACUAGGAUCGCAGUGAUUAGUAUUGGUUCUAUGCGCGCUUAGCUGUUGGCAGAUGUUACUAGCGCCGGAAAAAACGAAACAAUAUUUCUUUACAGUGCAGCUUCUGACUAACAAAUGACAUUGGGAUUAUUAUAACGUAUUUGGUAAGCUGACACAUCUUUCCAUUUGUUCCAAUUUUUAAUCCCAUUAAUUCCGAUUGGUCCCAUUUAUUCCAUUUGAUUUUAUUAAUUCAAGAAGUGCGUCACCCCUCGAUCACCUAACUACAAGAAAAUGGGUUUUUUCCUAAAUGACUAACGACUAAAUUCUAUCACUGACCGAUUUUAAUAUUAUUGCUGGUUUCCCGAUUCCUACAAAAUCUUGUGACUGGAUAAUUUCGAUUAAGAAACGUACGCAAUGUACGCAAGCGGACACAAUUCGGUUUUAAGCAUUCAACGUUUUUAAGCAUUCAACGUUUUUAAGCAUUCAACGUUUUUAAGCAUUCAACGUUUUUAAGCAUUCAACGUUUUUAAGCAUUCAACGUUUUUAAGCAUUCAACGUUUUUAAGGUGUGAUUCGACACAAUCGUUGUGAUUCCUGAUCUCUUAUCAAGCAAAACUUGUGUUAUGUAAAUGAGUUUGCCGUUUCACCAGCCUCAGGUUUCGUACCUUCGGGUACCAUGGACUACAAGAUGAAAAUCUACCAUCUUUAGAUGGAAAACUCCUUAAAAACGUCUGGAAAAUUUCCCAGAUGAACGAAACAAGGCAAGUGGGUUUUAUCUUGGAUCUGGGUUUCGGCUUCUCUCUUGAAGUCUCCCACAACUCUAAUCGAAACUUUUCUAACCGAUAGAAAUAAAUAAUUUUACCUGGGAAAUGAGUCAUUACUCCAUUAAAAGCUGACGGCGAUAGAAACGAUGGCAAAUAAAAAUAUUUGGCCUACCCAUUCCAUUGUCUAAUUUUGUAUUGCUGAUAACUUAGACGAGCUUGUUUGUACGGGAUUAUCAGUAUAUAUCUUAAAGGUCAAUGACAGAUCGAAUGUUAUUUCCGCCUUUUGUGUUAGUUGGAAACAUGGUCAGAAAAGUUAAAAGUUUUCAUUCGUCUAGAAACUCCUUAUAUUUUAUCAAGAUAUUUAUCUACACACUCUUCGUGCUAUUUAAUCUUUUCCUCUCUAAUGAGUAUCGAAUUUCGAUAGUGAUACCAAACUUUUAUUUUCGAAUGAUACUAGACUAUAGACACUACCCUACCAAAAUUGAAAUUCAAAAGUACACAAAGGAUUGUGAUAAACGUUAAAUAAAAUUGAAAAUGUUGCAUGAAAAGAUGCAGGUGCGUGCAUAGCUCUUUAAAAUACUAGAAUGAAAAUGGAAUAUAUUUGGUGGCAGAAAAGCGUUGUAUAUGUAUGGGAUAUCGUAAAAUUGAAUUGGCCACA